UGCUGCUGCUGCGAAGAGUCCAGAUGAUUUUCCACAGACAAACAUCCAAUACAAGUUGAUUGAAGUGAUAAUUAAUACAUGAAUCGCAGUCAUGUAUGUACUAAUUAGAUGCGUGAUUAGUGGCUAAUUUCACAUCAUUAGGGAACAAAGCCACCAACUCCGACAAAGAGAUAUAUAUGUAUGUAGGCAUUGCCCACUCUGAGGUUGUCUUUGUAAUUUUGUCAGUGUACAUGUCUUUGUAACACCAUUUAUGUGAUGAAAAGAUACUCCCUCUCUCUCUCUAUAACUCCACUUUUUAUAUGAUUGUUUAUAUCAUUCGGUUCCAUCUUAAUUAGCUCCCCCACUAUUUUCUUUCUUCGGAUUCAUCGACAAUGAAGGUUAGUGCCACAUAAAAUUAAAAUAAUAAUUUCAUGAAACUUGGGUUUAUGAUCGAUCGAUCCCAUAUUUCUAACUUGUAUAUUUGGAUGCAGUUACUAGGCUGGAUGCAUCGUAAGCUAAAGCAUAAUGGCUGCAUUGAGGCGCUCAACAAUAAUUCCACCAUAGGAAACGGUUCCACUUGUUUUUCAGUACAGACAGUGUUUGAUGAACAUAAAUACUACAUAGAGCCCGCCAAGCCCUUGCCACACUCGAACAUGAUACAUAGAAAAUCUUCAAAUGGAUAUGAAGGCGGCGUUGUUGAAGCUUCCUAUAAAGAAGAAUUAUUUGAGCCUUUUGACUUUCUGUCAAUCGGCACUUUUGGCUAUGAGUUCAUAACCGAUACCCCGACACCCACACUUGCCGUGUCCAUUGAGAAAUUGACUGGUCAACAACAGAUAGAGAUGAUUACAGAAAAUGAUGUCAAUGUAAUGAAGAAUGAGUUAGACAAGUUUAUUGAAGCUGAAGAAGCAGUGUCGUCACAAAGGACAAGUCAAGCAAGCAUAAUAACCCUUAGUUACAAGCCGAUAUUCGAAGGAGAAGAUUCCAUUGAUGGCCACAUGCACAUGGUAGCUACUUGUCCUCUUCAGAAUUAUCUGUUUGCUGCAUCUGUUGAACUACUAGCCGAGACAGAGAAUCAAGAGUUAAAGAGAGAGAGGACAUCACUCGAAGAGCUCUUCAAGAGAAACAGCGUAUACCAUGAAAAUCCUCCUACCAAGAAAUGUACUCAUGAACUAGGAUCACAAAAACAAGCCAAGAAAGGAAACAUAAUUGGUUUCAUGAAGAAAGUGGCGAACAAGUUUCAUUGCUCAUCAAGCAACUGCGUUAGUGCUCCUGACAAAGAUACUACUACUGCUACCACUGCAUCAAAUCCAAUCAAGAAAAAACUCUCAAAGGUCCGUUUUACUCUCUCUCUCUCUCUCUGA